AUGAAGACGGUCGCCGUUGUGAUGAGAUCUUUAGAUGACGAAAUCCCAUCUCUUAGAGUUCCAGCUGCAAGUGCAUUGCUAGGGUCUGCAAAGCAUAUCGUGAUAAUAUUCAUAGAAAAAAACAAGAUGUUUCUCUUUAACGAGCCGCAUGUGAUGCUUGAGUCGGAAAAGAUUUUGAGUGUUGAGCAAAAACUCCACAGAAAAGCUAUUGUCACACACCUCGAAAACACAGCCAAGGCCGUGAAGAAGAUAAACUUCAAGGCAGAGGUAUCAAAGCUAGUGAUCAGUGGGGAUGAAAAGUACAAAAUAAAAAAGUGCUUGCAAUGCCUGGAGGUUCAAGCAGCCAUGUUUGUUGGUAGACACAAAAGAAAGAAGUUUUAUGAAUACUUUGUUCAAUCAUUAGAGGAUUACGUAUUUGAAAUCAUGAAGAUUCCAACUAUUAGGGUAUAA